UGGAUAUCCGGAUAAAACACUGUUUCUCGUGUUUGAUAUAUUACAAGAUGCGUCAAGUGGUUAGUCUUUGUAACUUUUCCGAUGUUUGUGAGAUCAUCACCUUGUCAAGGUAGUCUGGGCAGAGUAGCAGGAACAUCUGGUGUCUAUCAUGAUCUGUGAUUAACUUGUGUAGAUGGGCGCCAGUCCUGCCCGUCAAUGUGGGGCCGUUAGUCAAUUGAGGGCUCAUCUGCCGUUUUAUAGAUUUUGUUUUUAAUCCUAAAUAAUGUCCACUCAUCCUCUCCACCAGGGAGGAACUGACGUGUGAGCCACCACAACCGAGCUUAUGAUUAGUUGGCACUCUAGUACGUGAGUUGUGCCUGAGAUAACUUACUCUGUAUAUUUGAAAAACAAAAAUGAAAUAAGAUAAUGUAUUGAACCAUAUUCUUCUGAAAAUAGGUGUUCCUGGUAUCGUAAACUCGACCAAGGCUGUACCAGGAGGGACUGUUGUUGUCGCAUGGGAGCCUCCCUUAGAAGGGGCGUGUCCAGUUAUCACUUACACUGUGUACUACAGAAAAGUGGCGAAGAAAAACAAGUGGCAAUCAGUUACCGUGAAAGGAAAAACAAACAGUUAUACGCUGCAGCUCAAAUGUAGGGAAGAGUAUGAAGUAGCUGUUACCUCACUGAGUGGAUUUAAGGAAAGUGCUUUCAAUGAGAGCAAGAUAUGGAACUUCAAAACCCAAGGAGAAGUUCCGUCAAUUCCUUUCAUCAAAAACAAGGAAACAGAAAUACCGAGAUGUGAUGUGAUCCUUACAUGGAGCCCUCCUGCAGACAACGGGUGUCCACUGACCAUGUACACAAUAAACUACCAACGAAUUCAGCCACGAGAAAUUGGGGAGCCCUGGUACCAAGUUAACCUCACUGACAUCAUGGCGACUAACUUUACUCUAUCGUUAUCAUGUGACACGCAGUACACGAUCGAGAUCUCGGCCUGGAAUGAACUGGGAGAGAGCGAGAGGUCAAGGCCGUGGAUAAUACAAACACUUCAGUCAGCUUCAGAUACAAACACAGAAACAAGCUUUAAGAAAUCUCCAGAAUCUGACGGUGGUAAAGGACUUUCUGCAACACAGUUAUCUGCGUUAAUCGGGGGACUUUGUGCCCUACUUAUCAUCAUUUCAACAAUAAUAUUUGCGCUUCGACGGAAAGCAAAAAGAAGGAAGCGACUUGCUCAUAACCUGAGGCCAAGGAGAUCGAAAUCCACCAUUUUUGCUCUUCGUCGCUGGGAAGUUCUACCCGAGCAGGUUGUCUUCAAGGAAGAGAUUGGUCGAGGGGCAUUUGGCAAGGUGUUUAAAGCCACGUUCAAAGAAUCCCCUGGAAUUGAAGUAUUUUAUAAGCCAAGAACACAGACUGUCGACUUCAAAGAAGACCGAAUUGUAGCUGUUAAAGUUUUGGGAGACACAACAGACGAGGAAGCCAGAAAUCAAUUUCUUGAGGAAAUUGAACUCAUGAAGGCGAUUGGCUCACACAGGAAUAUUGUCAGCAUGCUGGGCUGUUGGGUUAACUCAGAUCCAAUAUUUCUGGUAUUAGAAUAUGUUCCAUACGGAGAUCUAUUACACUGGCUGAGGAACAAGAGAAUACAGAAAAGCUAUCAAAAGAACUACAGUAACGAGGAAAAUCACUUGAGGCCGGCUGCAAUUGAAGUGCAAUUUAGUACGGAUAUGGAAAACGAAUCAAAGGCACUGCUGACGGGAAACGAGAAAGAAAGCAUGGAUCCUAACAAGCUUAACGUGGGAGCUGCUGGCAAAGAGAAAGUGGGAGAAGAAACCAAACCGGAAAUGAAAGAGGGGUUGGAGAAUCACUAUGAAGCUCAUCCGGUUCAUGUCACUCAAAGUGGUUGCCAUGACAACGUGCAAUGCGAGGAGGAAUUCAACGCAAAGGAUCUUCUUUGCUUUGCGUGGCAGAUAGCGCGCGGAAUGAACUUCCUAUCAAGUAAUGGAUUUGUUCAUCGCGACUUAGCAGCCCGCAAUGUUCUACUUGGCGAGAACAAAGUGGUAAAAAUUUCUGAUUUUGGAUUGAUGCGGCAAACCCAUGAGAAUGUUUACCACCUAAAGAAAGGCAAAAAGAUACCUGUAAAGUGGAUGGCGCCUGAAGCACUCCACAACAGUGAAUACACCACCAAAAGCGAUGUCUGGUCUUUUGGAAUUCUUCUAUGGGAGCUUUCCACAAUGGGAGGAAAUCCCUAUCCUGGAAUAAACAACAAAGAAUUGUACAAUCUUCUGAAAACGGGAUAUCGCAUGGAACAACCAAACACAUGCUCUGAUAAACUUGCUGGUAGUCUGAUCGCUAACCUUGAGCUGUCAUUCAGCAAGCUAUCAUACGACGUCAUGCUUCAGUUGGAAGAGGCUUUCUAUAUCAACAAGUCUCUUGAGAACAUGAAGAUCGAGUGGACACUCGUCAACUUUACCAACGAGCAAAGUCUUAACGUCACUGUAAACAACGUACAUCCUGUGGCAAUAAAGGUUUACUGGAACCCAGUCUCACUAGAACUUAAAGGUUACAGCGUGAAGUACUGGACCGAGAAAGAAGGCCAGGACUCCGCAGCGAAGAUCAACGUCCCCAAGACAACGCACAGUCUGUUGAUUGAAAGGUUAAAAUAUUUUACAGUUUAUGUGGUGCAAGUGACAGCUCUUGUCACCGGUGAAGUGAUCAGAGGUCAAGCAAAGAUAUCCACGGAAGAGGGAGGUAUGAUAAUAACACAGCCUUGCUGCUUGAAAUUCAGAGUGUAUAUGAAACAUUUAAAAAGUCACUGA